UGUUGAUUAUAAAUAAUUACAAGCUUUUAAUUACAUUUUUUCCAUAAUUUCUGAUUCAGUUAUUUGUUUUGUUUGCAUGUUUUAUUUACCACGAGUACCUACCCAACCAGCAGUAUCUAGUGUUAUCUAACUUUGGUAAUCAGGCCUGUGCAGAGAACAACAAGCAACUCUGGCCUAAUAAAUAAACACAUGUGAUAGACUUUUUUAAACUUUCCUUCUUAAAGGCUGUUUUCAUUUUCCACCUGGAAUAUGUCAAAUCAAAUUUUAUUUUAACCAUUGAAAUUGUGCUUUAGUAAAUUAGUUUACUUUCUUCAGUGAUUAAAACAGCAGUAAGAAAUGUCAAAAUUAAGCCUGAAAAAACUUGGAAUAAUAUUGGCAGUGGGUGUGUUGGUGGCAGCUAUUGGUGGUGCAAUGUUCCCUCUGCUUGACUACAUCAUCAGGGAGGAGAUCAAAAAGAAAGUUGUAAUCUCCAACACCAGUGAAACCUAUGACAUCUGGCAAGACAUCCCAAUCCCAGUGUACAUGCAGUUCUACAUCUUUGAUGUCGUUAAUGUACUGGAGGUCAAGGCUGGAGAGAGGCCCUAUGUUAACCAGAGAGGACCAUACACUUAUCUAGAAAGGCGCACAAAGUUUGACAUUGUUUGGAAUGACAAUGGAACUGUGACCUACAAGCAGAAUCGCACAUUUCAUUUUGUUCCAGAGAAAUCUGUUGGUGGGGAAUCUGACUUAAUUACAACAGUCAAUCCUUUAAUUGGUGUUUUAGCCCAAAAUCUCAGGUGGAUGCCCAACUUUAUCAAGGAAGCAAUUUCUGUGGUUUUGGAAGUCUUGCCUAAUGAGGAUCUAUUUAUGACUCGAACUGUCUACGAAACCUUGUGGGGCUACGAAGAUCCUGCUUUAGUCAUGCUCAAAUCUAUAUUACCCUCAUGGUUUCAAACUACACAGAUUGGCUAUUUUAUCAGAAAGAAUGACACUGAUGAUGGAGUGUAUACAGUUUUGACUGGAGAGAAAGACACAGACUCUGUUGGUGUCAUCACAAAGUAUAACGGAGAGAGCCAUGUCAGUGUGUGGACAACAGAAUGGGCUAACAUGAUCAAUGGCUCAGAUGGAACAUUAACUCCGCCAUUUGGCUUUGACAGAGACGAUGCCAAGAUUUUUGUAUCAGAUAUUUGCAGAUCAAUAAGAGGUGUUUAUAAAGAGGAUGUUUCAAUACCUCAAGGCAUUGACCUCAGGCGCUUUGGUGGGGAUCAAAAUGAUAUGAUGAACUCUUCAGUCAACCCUGACAACAUUGGCUUCUGUACACCCCAGACCAACUGUCUGCCAACUGGUUUACUCAACUCUACCACCUGUCAGGAGCCAGUUGACAGUUUUCCUCUUCCGAUUAUAUUUUCCUUCCCACACUUCCUGUAUGCUGACCCGGAAGUAAUAAACCAUGUGGGAGGUUUACACCCUCAGGAGUGGGAACAUCAAACUAUCAUUGAUAUAGAGCCAUGGACAGGUUUGGUUUUGAGGGUAUCAAAGCGGUUGCAAAUAAACAUUUUUCUUGAGAAAAUACCAGAUAUUGCUCAAACAUUCAACAUAAGGAAGUUGUAUUUUCCUGUCCUGUGGGUAAAUGAGAGCUCUGUGACUGAUGACAAGCAUGCUGACAUGCUGAAGGACCAACUCUUCACUCCCAUCAAAAUUGCUUUUAUUGUCAAGAUAGCUCUCAUCUGCUUAGGUGGCGUCAUGGUUCUUGCUUCACUCGCGACAAUUAUUUAUCGGAAAUGUAAAAUUAAUGCUCGAAGCUUUGAUGUUCCUCAUCAGCACAGGGAAGUUCCACAGGCCAGCAGAAAUGUUAGUGCUGUGUACAACGACACGUCAAGUCUACUUUCCCAUGGGGAGGUGACUGGAAGGUAUAGUACACUAGCACCUGAUCAGGUAGAUGACAAGACACCUUUACUAGCUGGUUCUAGUUAAAACACCAAUGGAUGGAAAGAUAACUUUAGUAGAUAAAGAUAUUAUUAGACAAUACAGUUGUCUAUGGCAUCUUGUAUAAUUGUAAACCGCUGUAAAGCCAUUGUCUACAAUGCAUAUUGAAAAUUUUUAAAUCUUUCAUUAUUUCUAUUUGUAGAGAUUGAAGACUUCAGAAUGUUGUCAUCGUUUUUAAAAAUCUAGCUGCACCUAAGCAUUUUGUUGCAUAAUAUUUAAAAUAUUAUUUUAAAUUUAUAACCUUCUGUGUAAAUUCUAUUUAUUCCUUGUAUAUUCUAUCUCUCUCUCACUUUGAUUUUAUAAAGUGAACUGGUUACACCAAAGAUUGUUAGUAAUUAUAAAAUGUGAUAUAUCAACUCUAAUUAUGUAAGCUGUAAUAUAGAGUAUAAUAGUAUUAUAUUUUUUAUAUAAAGAUUUAAUUACCAUGAUCUUUCUCCUGUGCAAUAUGCAAAUGUUGAUUAAGCAUUCCAAUUGUUACCCAUAGUUUUGUGAAAUAUUUCACUUACACAUUGUUAUUGUAUGUUUUCUCCUUUUAUUAUCUUGUACUUAUAAAUAAAUACAUUCAUAUACAAAUAUAAGACAGGACUGUAUGCUACAUUGAAGUUUAAAAAGUUUAAAUCUGUUAAAAACAUAAAUUUUAUAAAAUGAAGGAACAAAUAUGAGAAAUGACAUAAAAUCUUUGGUCUUGGUGAAAAAAAAAAUCAAAGCAAAAAAAUCAAAAGAAAAUGGAUGCAACCAUUAUUGGUUAUAUUUAAUGUAAGGAUGGGAUGAGAAUAAUUCAGGGUAAUUGUAUAAUCUAGUUUUAAGUUCAGUGAAAGGAGACUUCAACUGACAUUACUUAAUAAAAUGUUGAUGAUUAAUCAAAAUGAUGAUGAAUCCUUUGAACACCUGAUACCUAUACUGUAUUUGUAUAAGCUUUCUGUAUGUUUAUACAUUUUUUAAAAGUAUAUUUACAAUUUAUUUAAUUUUUACUUAAGUAAUUAAUUAUAUUCAAGCAAACUACUUUUUAUUACUUCCCUUUUUACCAUUUUUAUUAUUUUGUCUCCUAUAUUAACCACCUAUUUUAGUCACUUUUUGUAAUUUGUACAUACAUUUGUAAAGUUUUUAAAUGAAUUUUUUUUCUUGUUCUUCAAUGAGCACAUUAAUUUUGUUGCCUACCUGUUUCUUGUUACUAGCAAUUUGUUUUCGCUUACCUCAAACCAAGGAAACUUGUAGAAACUUUUUGAGUUGCUCAAAGAAUGUUGAUAUUACCUCCCUUUCCAUGGUGACUAAAGUUAUGAUGUCAAGGCAGCUUUUUGAUACUUAAAUAUUUGUAUUCAUCAAAUAGUUACCUGGUAUGUUAAAAACUUAAUGUAGUUCCAGCUUUAGUGACACAUUCACUUAUGUUCGAUUUGUUGCCUCUUGUUAUUUAUUGUAAACAUAU